GGGCGCGGCGGGCGGAAGCGCGGCCGGGCCGGGUGCGAGGCGGCGGCGAUGGGCGAUCACUUGUGAACUGGUGGUGUGGGAGAAGCUGAAUGAAUGGAACAGUCAGGGCAGAAGGGAAGUUCGCGUUUCAUGCUCUGCGCUGGCCACAGGACCCAAACAACACUGUGCCUCUGAAGAGACCUGGAAUCCUCGGAGCUGUGUGUCCUGAGGGACUCUGAGCAUUUCCGAAGGCAGUGCGGUGUGGCUGGAGAGCAUACUCGGCGGGAUAUUAUCCCUGCUUGGAACUCGCAGAUCUGGCGCAUGCCGGCCAGCGCUGUACGUUUGCUCAGUGUUCCUUGGAUUAUAGCAGGGCGCCAUGAUGGAUAACCGGUUUGCCACAGCGCUGGUGAUCGCCUGCGUGCUCAGCCUCAUCUCCACCAUCUACAUGGCAGCCUCCAUCGGCACCGACUUCUGGUACGAGUACCACACCCUGUCCCCAGCCGAGAACGUUAGCGAAGCCGGUAGAAGCAUCUGGGAGGAGUUUGUCAGCAAAGAUGCUGAUGAGAAGACGUACACGGAUGCGCUCUUCCGCUGCAACGGCACGGUUGGAUUGUGGCGGAGGUGCAUCACUGUACCCAAGAACUCUCACUGGUACAGCCCACCAGAAACUGAUAUGACUACAAAUUGCAUCAGUUUCUCCCUCUCCGAUCAGUUUGUAGAAAAGUACAUAGAGCCUGGAAAUCACAACAGUGGCACGGAUUUGAAUCGGACUUAUCUCUGGCGAUUGCAGUUUCUCCUGCCCUUUGUCAGCAUCGGCCUCAUGUGCUUCGGGGCUCUGAUCGGGCUCUGUGCUUGUGCCUGUCGCAGCCUUUACCCGGCCAUUGCCACCGGGGUCCUGCAUUUCCUAGCAGGGCUGUGUACGCUGGGCCUCGUUGGCUGCUACGUGGCUGGGAUUGAGCUGCUCCACAGGAAGCUGCCUCUGCCGGAGGAUGUGAGGGGCGAAUUCGGCUGGUCCUUCUGCCUCGCCUGCGUGUCGGCGCCUUUGCAGUUCAUGGCAGCUGCUCUUUUCAUCUGGGCAGCUCGCACCAACAGGAAGGAAUUCACCCUCCUCAAAGCCUACCGUGUGGCAUGAGCGCUGCUGCUGGGCUCUGGGCUUUCCGUGUUAGGGCCUCUUCUCCCCCAGCCCUUACUACUUUUUUCUUUUAGUCAGAAUUUUAUCAUGUACUGCGUGCUUCUUGCCAGUCGAGACAGUUUAGCCUGAAGGUCCUGAAGACAAAGACCUCUGGGCUAAACGACCAAAGCCCGCCAGAAGUCUGCAGAACUUGAACAGGUUUUUUAAUUGUUGUUGUUUUUUGGUUUGUUUUUUUGUUUGUUUGUUUUGUUUUUUUUUUUUUUAAGAAUUGUUUUUAUUUUUUAAGCUGCAUUUGGUUAUUGACAGUUUCCCUUAGUUAGUUAUAUGUGCCCCUUCCUAAUUUUAUUACCCUCUCAGCCUGGAAGAAACAGAAGUGGGUUGUGGGGUGGAAGAGAGACAAGAAAAGGUGCAGGUACGCAAGAAUGGGAACCUCAGUGCACAAAUACGUAAUCAGGAGCUGUCUGCUCUGUGACUGAAGCAGGCAGUAGCAACAGGGAGCACCCAAGAGAAAUGGGGGAAUUCAGAAGCCUCUGUUACGGAAAUACUGUAGCUAAAUCAGUCUGUAGCUCAGCUCUGGGUCUCCUAUCAUCACCAGUUUGCUCCGUUUUGUGGCAUCUGCCAAAACUGCCGGAGGCAAAGCAGGCAGUGGCAGUGCCUGUGUAGCUCACCUUCCUGAAGGCACUUGCUUGUGCCAAGGAGUGGGAUGAGAUGGCCCUCAUGGAGCUCUGUCCUGCUGUAGCUCCACUGCUUCCAGGACCCAGGCUAGUUUUGGUAUCUGCACUACAUGUGAUUGUGCACUCUAAUCUUAAUUUGUGGUGCUUUUGCUUGAUGUGGAAUAAGGCUUUCUUCUUUGUUGAAAAUGACCUCCUCACAAGUUUUUUUGGUUUUAAUUUGGUUUAGUGUAUGUGUGUAUAUGUACAUAUAUAAACUUUUUUUAAACCUCACCUGUUUAUCCUGUAUAGCACACAACAGGGUUUUUUUAAAAGGUGCUGCUCUUUUCCCAUCUUGUUUAAAUUAAAUAAUAAGAAUAAAGACUCAAAAAUUUUCAGCAUUGCAUGAAUCUGAUGGGAGGGUGAUUUAGAGUGGAUUUUACUUGGGGAAAGAAGAAACAGUGUCUAGAUCAUUCUCUGUUUUCAUGGAAAUGUCACCAGAAACAGUGAGGUUAGAUCGGAUUUUUAAAUUAAAUUCUUGAGCUCCUGCUAAUUUU